AUGAAGAAGAAGAAGGAGGAGGAGGAGGAGGAGGAGGAGGAGGAGGAGGAGAAGGUCGACUCAUCGGCGCUUCCAGCGGCGGGUACACUCGAGGUGGCGACCAAGACCGGGCCGUGGGAUUCUUCAGUGCUUUCCCUUUCUCCUUUUCCUUCUCCCAUUCGACGUGCCGGAGAGGGGAAAGCGAUGCGUCGCGCGCGCAGGGGAGACACCGCUAGCGGAGGGCACGUCGGUCGCAAUGGCGGAGUUGGCCUCGCUCCGCCGCCAUCAUGGCGGCAGGUCUCUGGGAAAUCCAUGGCAUAUAAUAAUUAAUUAACUAAUUAAUUAAUAACUUCCAUAUGCGGCCUUUGUAGUGAGAAUGGGUAGCGGGCUGGACUCGGAAUCAGCCCGAGCCCGUACAUCUUUUUCAAGCUCGAGGCCCACAAAAAGCCCGGCCCGGGACCUGAGACCCUCGACCCACACUUCUCAGCGUGGCUCAUUUUCCUCGGAUUUUCUCAAAAUUUCUGGAAAGAAAAAGCAGUCCGCGUUAUUGGAGAAAUUAAAUCGCGUAAUAAAUUUUAUAUUUAUGCGGAACGUGCUCCUAUUAAAAUAAGCCCGGCGGGGCCACCGGUCUAUAGUGUACGGUGAUGCCGCCUAUCUCGGACGGAUCGGACGGUGCUCCGGUGGCAAGCCAGAUGGCCAUUCCUCGAUAAAUGCUCUGAUGUGAUUGGUAUGCGUCGGUAGCUAACGAUGGCAGAAGGGCCCAUUAGAUAAUUCGGUUCAUAAUGCUAUAAAUUCUAAAAAUUCGGUAUUAAAAAGAAAUAUUAACUUUAAAUCGAAUUAUUAUGAUUUUUCUUCUACAGAUUUUUUUCCACUGAUGAGGGAUAUAUUUAGUCAUUUAAAUGGUAUUCUUGCAAUAUGUGUACACUAAGCCAGAGAAAAAUCCAAAUAACUUUGUACCCAUUUUAUUUUCCUGCAUAUUUUUUUCCAAAAAUAAUUCAAAUUAGGACUUUCGUUGAAGCCCUCUAAUUGGGUUAAUAAUUCUGAAAGAUUAAUAAUAGAGUAGCAUAUAUUUAAUAGCUUCAAACAGAUGUUGAUGGAAUUCACGCCGCCGUAAGGAUGCGUCAUAUAGUGGAUGGAAUUCAAAAUAACCCAUGGUAAAACUGGAGGAGGUAUGGGUCAAAAAAUGUGGCGUUGAAUGAUCUCAUAUGUUGACUUUUUAAUCUCCGUCAGAUAAAAAAAAAAUGGCUAUGACGCGCAGCAAGAGUGUAAGAAAUAUAAAAACGCUGCCUCCCUUCCAUCAUCGACUCGUCCCGUGGACCAAAUUCUAUCGGCUAUGGCGAUCGGUGCAUUUCCCUCAAAAGUCAACGUGAAUUUUCGCUUGGGAAAUUAUACUCACCAAACUUAGAGGACCACAUACAGAUGUACAUUUUAAUAUGGAAGUUCGAUGUAGCUAUUCGAACUAUUUGUAAGUGGAGCCAACGCUGGUGUUCUUCCCUGUGAUAAACUGGUAGAAGGGUAAGCUCAACCUGAGUUGGCCGGAUUGGAUCUUUCGGCCGGGCGUUCUUGUCCCCGACUCCAUCUUUUUGUGCAGAAGAGUUUACAGGUGGGACUGCCUGAGAGGCAUCUCCGGGGGGUCAAAGGUCCCCAAAUAUCGAUUCGUGAUGUGGUGGGAACGACCUUCCUCCCCCUUCCUCUUCGUUCGGCUUCAAUCCCUUUUCGAGGCCCGAACAGGGUUACAAUCAGGCGUCCGUCAGCGGAGAGAAUCGCGCGGCCACCGCCGGGUUGUGGGCUUCCUGGACGUCCACGGGCCCGCCACCGCCUGCUUAAGACUGCCGUAAAUGCUGGCCUGCGGGUUGUCCGUGACGACAGAGGAAGGAGAGAGCUUAAGUCAGCAAGCGACGAACGGGGAUGAAGGGGAAUCUGUUUUCCUGAAGACGUUUUGGGAGGAGGAGGAGAAAGAAGAAGAAGAAGAAGAAGAAGAAGAAGAAGAAGGGGAAGAAGGGGAAGAAGGGGAAGAAGGGGAAAGGUUCAAUCCACGGCGGGAUGACGCAGGCUGUGUGAAUGACGUUGAGAUUAUGAUAAAACGCCCAUCGAGCAGCUGAAGCCGAUGGGAGUCGUCACUAGGACUUCGUCACCGACAUCGCCUUUUGUCGGUGAUCUUGGUCAAUAGAGCAAAGAUGUAAAUGGAAAACAAACCGAAAUUUGAGCAGAAGACGAUUCUUUUUUGGAUCAAAAUGUUCAAGACCUCGGAAACGAAAACGGCACUGGGAAGAAACGGAGGAGAAACAGAAAAGAUCAGAAGACGCACCCAGAGGUGAGAGGUGGCCGUGGACAGGCUCGGGAGACUUCUGCUCCUCGCGUGCCUUGUUAUCGUCGCCUUCGCCGCGGCCGCUUCCCCCUCUACGUCCUCUUCCCUCUCGUCGACGUAGAAUCCACAGCCAUGGGAAUAAGAGCGAGGUAAGCAUGCGGCAGCCUCCGGCGCCUUCUGCGACGAAGAAUCGCCACCGCUCCUCUUCGGCGCUGUCCUCUUCCAGAACCACCCUCCUGAUCUCUGCUUUCUUCUCCUCCCAUCGCCUUUGCUGUAGAAUCUUAGCGAGCGCUGCCCGAAGGCGAAUGAUGAACAAGAAAGAGGGCUGCGUUGUCCAGUCACGGACAUGCCGUCUAUCUGGGAGGCGGGCGGGCCAAGCAGCACAUAGUAGGUUCCCUCCAAGACGGUCUUUGAGGGCACCUCGGCGUCUGCUACCUUCGCCACCUGCCAGGCCGAGGAGGACGACGAAGAAGACGACAGAACCGCCAGUCUCGGAGGAAGCUCCAGCCCUCUAGCGCUGGCGGGCUUUGUCCCGCCACAAUUGUUGGAGUUCCGAGGCUUCCCUGGAGCUUCCUCCCAUCUGAACGGCACCCUUCCUGGUGCCUGCGGUGGCGGAGUCAUCAUACCGACUGGUUCCGGCCGCUGGUUCGGCAGAGCGUGGUAGCACAACCUCGGUGGGGAAGUCACGCCGGCAGAAGUUUUUCCUGUUGCUUCCCGGACCACGACUGCCCCAUCUCCCCGAACUACCGCGACCUCCCCCCUUGCACCCUGCUCUCCCAUAUCUCUCUCCUUCUCGCUCCCUCUUCCUUUCGCCCUACCCACUCCCCUCUACGUGGGAUGCCAUGUAUCUGUCUUCAUAUAUAGAGGCGUGCGUAUCUCCGCGCGAGGGGAACAGAUAGUGAGAUGUGCGUGCCAUGUAUGAACCCCCCGGCGCUCUCCGCCUCACGCGGUUUUAUACACCGCUUUCGUCACGAGGAAGUUCCCCUUUCAUACAUCUCCCUCUCUCUCUCUCUAACCCCCCCCCUUCCGAACCCUUCUUCCAUUCCUCUCCUCUAUUUCCUAACCAGUUUGAAGAUGCCCCGAGUGCAGCGAGAGAGAGAGAGAGAGAGAGAGAGAGAGACCUACGGCGGUGACACGUGAAAAAUCCGCUCAAGUAA